AUGGACAAAAUUCCUAGGACACAUGAAGCUAUUGAAGCUCAAAUUAGAGAAAUUCAAUCAAAGAAGAGUGAAUUACCAGAGAAUGGUAAUAAAAAGGGUGUAGCCCUUGGUGAAAAUUAUUAUGACAGUGAUAUUUAUGAUAAUUCAGGGCAGGGUGGUAAGUCCAGGUAUGAUGGAUAUGUGACUUCAAUUGCUGCUAAUGAUGAAGUAGAAGAUGAUGAUGUUGAAAAUGUUCCAAUUACACAAAAGCGAUCUGGAUAUACUGCACCCGCAUCCCUCCUUAAUGAUAUUGCACAGAGUGAUAAGGAUUAUGAUCCAUUUGCUGACAAAAGGAGACCAACUAUUGCUGACCGAGAAGAUGAAUAUCGUCAAAAAAGGCGCAGGAUGAUUAUAUCUCCAGAACGCAUGGAUCCAUUUGCUGAAGGUGGUAAAACUCCAGAUGUUGGCUCUCGAACAUACACUGAAAUUAUGAAAGAGCAAUAUUUACGGGCUGAAGAAACAGAAUUAAGGAAGAAGUUAUUGGAAAGAGCCAGGGAGGGAACACUAAAGCCUGUAGCACAGCCUAAUGGAGAAGCAGCCAAGCCACCUGCUAAACGCAAGGGACGUUGGGAUCAAAGUUCUGAGGAAACCCCAGUGGCUAAGAAGACUGUUUCAACUACGCCAAGUUCGCAGGCUACACCAUCUUGGGACCAAGAGCGAGGUGCUUGGGAAGAAACUCCCAGUGCCCCUGGUCGUGGAGGUGAAACGCCUGGCGCUACUCCUUCAGCUCGCGUUUGGGACGCUACUCCUGGACAUAUAACACCUGGACAUGCCACUCCAGGCCGGGAUACACCUGCACAACACGCUUCUAGGCGUAACCGGUGGGAUGAGACACCUAAAACCGAUAGAGAGACACCGGGACACAACAGUGGGUGGGCUGAAACCCCACGAACGGACCGUGGGACUGGUGUGGACACAAUUCAGGAGACUCCUACUCCGGGCACUAAGCGUCGAUCACGAUGGGAUGAGACUCCUGGAGCAACUCCGGCUGCAGCUACACCGACCCCGUCUCACGCUACGCCCUCACACGCCACUCCUUCCCAUGCUACCCCUUCACACGCGACCCCCACACCGCACACACCGAUGUUUACACCAGGAGGAUCUACACCAGUGGGAAUCAAAGCUAUGGCAAUGGCUACACCAACUCCUGGACAUGUCGCUGCUAUGACUCCAGAGCAAUUACAAGCUUACCGAUGGGAAAAAGAAAUAGAUGAAAGAAAUCGUCCAUACACAGAUGAAGAAUUAGAUGCCAUGUUCCCUCCUGGGUACAAGGUUUUACCGCCUCCUGCCGGUUAUGUACCAAUUCGGACCCCGGCCCGAAAGCUGACCGCAACACCUACUCCACUGGGUGGUACCCCUAUCGGCUUUUUCAUGCAGACGGAGGAACUGGGAGGGUCGGCCGCUGCAGCCGCGCGCCUGCUCGACCCGCAGCCCAAGGGUAGCCAGCAGCUGCCCUUCAUGAAACCCGAAGACGCGCAGUAUUUUGAUAAACUGCUCAUUGACGUGGACGAAGACAGUCUGUCGCCAGAAGAAUUGAAAGAGAGGAAGAUUAUGAAACUUCUAUUGAAGAUAAAGAAUGGUACACCACCAAUGUGUAAAGCUGCACUUCGUCAAAUCACAGACAAGGCUCGUGAAUUCGGCGCCGGACCCUUAUUUAACCAGAUCUUGCCUCUACUUAUGAGCCCUACUCUAGAAGAUCAGGAAAGACAUUUGCUCGUAAAAGUCAUCGACAGGAUUUUAUAUAAAUUGGAUGAUUUAGUUCGUCCCUAUGUACAUAAGAUACUCGUCGUAAUUGAACCUCUAUUGAUUGACGAAGAUUAUUACGCUCGCGUUGAAGGUCGAGAAAUUAUAUCAAAUCUGGCCAAAGCUGCUGGUCUCGCGACUAUGAUCUCAACAAUGAGACCUGACAUUGACAAUAUUGAUGAAUAUGUGAGAAAUACUACGGCCCGAGCCUUUGCUGUUGUUGCUUCUGCUUUGGGUAUCCCAUCUUUACUACCAUUCUUGAAGGCUGUGUGCAGAUCAAAAAAAUCGUGGCAAGCCAGGCAUACUGGAAUUAAAAUAGUUCAACAAAUAGCCAUCCUGAUGGGCUGUGCAAUUCUGCCUCAUUUGAAAUCUUUAGUUGAAAUUAUUGAGCAUGGUUUGGUGGAUGAACAACAAAAAGUACGUACUAUUACAGCCUUGGCUAGUGCAGCUCUAGCUGAAGCUGCUACACCAUACGGUAUUGAGUCAUUUGACUCAGUGCUAAAACCUCUGUGGAAAGGUAUAAGGACCCAUCGAGGUAAAGGUUUAGCCGCCUUUCUCAAAGCUAUCGGCUAUCUUAUCCCACUUAUGGAUGCCGAAUAUGCUAACUAUUAUACACGUGAAGUGAUGCUAAUUCUUAUUCGAGAGUUCCAGUCACCUGAUGAAGAAAUGAAAAAGAUUGUAUUGAAGGUGGUUAAACAGUGUUGUGGCACUGAUGGUGUAGAGCCUCAGUAUAUUAUGGAUGAAAUUCUACCACAUUUCUUUAAACACUUUUGGAAUCAUCGUAUGGCUUUGGACAGACGUAAUUAUAGACAAUUGGUGGACACUACAGUCGAAAUCGCCAAUAAAGUUGGUGCUUCUGAAAUAAUCAACAGAAUUGUAGAUGAUCUAAAAGAUGAUAAUGAACAAUACAGAAAAAUGGUAAUGGAAUCGAUAGAGAAGAUUCUUGCUAACUUAGGAGCAGCAGACAUUGAUUCAAAGUUAGAGGAGGCCCUUAUUGAUGGUAUUCUCUAUGCAUUCCAAGAACAGACUACUGAGGAUGUUGUCAUGUUGAACGGUUUUGGUACUAUUGUGAACCAACUGGGCAAGCGUGUGAAACCUUACUUACCACAGAUUUGUGGUAUUAUCCUGUGGCGUAUGAACAACAAAUCCGCUAAAGUUCGACAGCAGGCAGCUGACCUCAUUUCACGUAUUGCAGUGGUAAUGAAAACUUGCCAAGAGGAAAAAUUGAUGGGCCAUCUUGGCGUUGUCCUGUAUGAAUACUUAGGAGAAGAAUAUCCCGAAGUAUUAGGAUCAAUACUUGGUGCAUUAAAAGCUAUUGUUAAUGUUAUUGGUAUGACUAAAAUGACACCGCCCAUUAAAGAUUUACUACCCAGACUUACCCCAAUUCUUAAGAACAGACACGAAAAAGUGCAAGAAAAUUGCAUCGACUUGGUGGGACGUAUUGCAGACAGAGGACCAGAGUUUGUGUCAGCAAGAGAAUGGAUGAGGAUAUGCUUUGAACUUCUCGAGUUAUUGAAGGCACACAAAAAAGCAAUUAGGAGAGCCACCGUGAACACUUUUGGUUAUAUUGCUAAAGCUAUCGGUCCUCACGAUGUCUUGGCGACCUUACUCAACAACUUGAAAGUGCAGGAAAGACAAAAUCGAGUGUGCACCACCGUCGCAAUAGCUAUAGUUGCAGAAACGUGCUCACCUUUCACAGUAUUGCCAGCCCUGAUGAAUGAAUACAGAGUGCCAGAGUUGAAUGUGCAAAAUGGCGUACUCAAAUCACUUUCCUUCUUAUUUGAAUAUAUCGGAGAAAUGGGCAAAGACUAUAUUUAUGCCGUUUGCCCGCUACUAGAAGAUGCUCUUAUGGACAGGGAUCUUGUGCACCGACAAACAGCAUGUGCGGCUAUAAAACACAUGGCGUUAGGUGUUUACGGGUUUGGCUGCGAAGAUGCUCUAGUUCAUCUUCUAAAUCAUGUGUGGCCUAACAUCUUUGAAACUUCUCCACAUUUGGUCCAAGCCUUUAUGGAUGCCGUCGAAGGAAUGAGGGUCGCCCUGGGACCUGUUAAAAUUCUGCAGUAUGCUCUACAGGGACUAUUCCAUCCAGCAAGAAAAGUUCGCGAUGUGUACUGGAAGAUCUACAAUACAUUAUAUAUUGGCGGACAAGACGCGCUAGUCGCAGGUUAUCCAAGGAUACAAAAUGAUCCAAAUAAUCACUAUCUUCGAUAUGAAUUAGAUUAUAUACUUUAA